AUGGAACCAUUUGGUCCGUUUUUUGACAACAAUGAAACAAUUUACACUCCAAAUUUUACAAACACAACUUCUGAUGACCAACUUCAAAACCCAGAUUUAGAUACUUUUAAUUUUGAUCCUGUAUUUUUAGUAGAUUUAGCUGAUAAAGGCGGGGAGUAUCAAAGAGAAAUAAUUAGAGAUGAUGAUGACACCCCUAUUUAUAGAGAAAUUAUUAAUGUUUCAAAAAACGAAGAUGAUUGUAACAAUAACGAAAGAUUUAAAUCUUGGUCCUCUAAUAAUGAUCCUAAUAAAAUGACAUCAUUAGAGUUUCUUAAUAAAUUAACCGAAGAAGAAAUUAAUAGAAAUAAGGAAAUUUUACAGAAAAAAUUGUUUGAGCUUUUAAGUUUACUUGCUAAAAAUAAGGAUUAUGAUAGAAAUGCUUUAGAAACAGAUUUCAAUAGAUUCAUUUCAACAAUAGAUAAGCUUAAAUUUAAUAAUUUUAGGAGUGAAAUUUCAUCACAACAAAUAGCAGCAGCAUUUGAAAGAUCAAUUCAACAUUUUGAAUCAGAACUUACAAAAGCUGAGGUGACUAAUGUUUUUACAGUUUUAACAGAAGUUUUAAAGAAAAUACCAGGACCUGUUGGACCAAUAUUUAACUCACAUUUAUUUAUGAAAAAGCUUACUGGUAGAUCACAAAAAAGACCCGAAGGUAAACAAGAUAGAACAAAAAGUGUUGUUAAAAAUAAGAGUCAUGAAUAA